UAAACUGUGAAGAUAGGACUGAGAAGAGAGAGAGAUCGGAGAUCAGAACCUGGCAAUGGCGAUCUGGGCACAAACCCCUCACCGGCUUUCGAAUCCAAACCCUAACUUGUCGCUUCGAUCUUCUCUCCUCCUCGCCGUCGCCGUCUCCAUAUGCCUCGUUUGGGGAACCCUCUUCCUUGUCCCCUUCCACUCCGCCCGCAACGCCGCCUCCACCUUCUCCUUCUCCUCUGCCAACAUCUCAACGGAUCGAUUCUUUCUAAACCUCCGAUUCCCUCACCGCCGAGUCCUCGCCGUCAAAACUGACCCCCUUCGAGUCCGCAUUGACCAGAUCCGGAAGCAAGCCGCCGACCACGCCGGUCUCGCUUCCGCCUACGCUUCUUACGCCCGCAAGCUCAAGCUCGAGAACUCCAAGCAGCUCCGCCUCUUUGCGGAAAUCUCCCGCAACUUCUCCCUCCUCAUCUCUGACCACCGUCAUCUCCUUGAAGAUGUAAGCCCUAUCGACGAGCCCUCCCUCCGUCGAUUCGAGCGCGAUGUUAAGGACCGUAUACGCGCCGCCCGGACCCUCAUCACCGACGCCAAGGAAUCCUUCGAUAACCAGCUCAAGAUCCAAAAGCUCAAGGACACGAUCUUUGCCGUCAACGAGCAGCUCACUAAGGCCAAGAAGCAGGGCGCCUUCUCCAGCUUGAUUGCGGCCAAAUCCAUUCCCAAGAGCCUUCAUUGCCUUGCAAUGCGUCUGAUGGAGGAGCGGAUCUCCCAUUCCGACCGCUACGGCGACCCAGAAUCGCCGCCGCCCGCACUUGAGAACCCUCGGCUCUAUCACUAUGCCAUCUUCUCUGACAACGUUCUCGCCGCCUCUGUUGUCCUCAAUUCUGCCGUGAAGAACGCUAAGGAUCCGUCGAAGCACGUCUUCCACGUCGUCACUGAUCGGAUGAACCUUGGUGCGAUGCAGGUCAUGUUUAAGCUCAAGGACUAUGCCGGCGCCCAUAUAGAGGUCCGUGCCUUUGAGGAUUAUAAGUUCCUCAACUCCUCUUACGUCCCUGUUCUCCGGCAGCUUGAGUCAGCCAACUUGCAGAGGUUCUACUUUGAGAACAAGCUCGAGAAUGCGACCAAGGACACAACCAAUAUGAAGUUUAGGAAUCCAAAGUACUUGUCUAUGCUUAAUCAUCUCAGGUUUUAUCUUCCAGAGAUGUACCCUAAGCUGCACCGGAUUCUGUUCUUGGAUGAUGAUGUGGUGGUGCAGAAGGAUGUGACUGCUUUGUGGAAGAUUGAUAUGGAUGGAAAGGUUAAUGGUGCCGUGGAAACUUGCUUUGGAUCGUUUCAUCGUUAUGCACAGUAUAUGAAUUUCUCACACCCGCUGAUCAAGCAGAAGUUCGAUCCGAAAGCAUGCGGAUGGGCUUAUGGGAUGAAUUUCUUUGAUUUGGAUGCAUGGAGGAAGGAGAAGUGCACUGAGCAGUACCAUUACUGGCAGAAUUUGAAUGAGAAUCGUACCUUGUGGAAAUUGGGGACUUUGCCUCCAGGUUUGAUCACAUUUUACUCCACGACAAAGCCGCUGGACAAAUCCUGGCAUGUGCUGGGACUGGGUUAUAAUCCAAGUAUAAGCAUGGAUGAGAUUCAGAAUGCUGCAGUUGUUCAUUUUAAUGGAAAUAUGAAGCCAUGGCUUGAUAUUGGUAUGAACCAAUUUAGGCCACUCUGGACAAAGUAUGUUGAUUAUGAUAACGAGUUCAUUCGGCUCUGCAAUUUCGGAGCGUAAAGCAGAAUGUUCUUUCUCAAAGCUGCUGUGUAGAGAAUAAAGCACAGAAAUGGGAAUUUAAUCAGUAAGCAGUCGGUAUUUUUGUUCUGUUGCAAGUGUCCUAAUCAGAUAUUAGCUCUUAUUCUUGCUUAGAAAUGAAUGCAAUCUGAUCCUUAUAAUCUCCUCAGGGCUAUCCUGCUUCUCUUUAUAGAAGCUUCUACUGUUUUUGUUUCAUUGUGGAAUCUUGAAGACCAUGUACAUCUGAUGUCAAACUCUCAGCUUUAUAACCAUCUUGAACUUGGUAAUGAAUUUUGGGGCCGUAUUUCUGUGAA